CAGACACCCAAAUCUAGCACUCCAUCUCCCGCCAUAUCACACAGAACAAUAAAAACACGCUAACUUAUUUCUCUCUUCCUCCUCCUCGCUUUUGUCGUAAAUGGAGUUACCAGUUGUAGAUCUGUCUCGUUACCUACAAUCCUCCACCAACCAAUCGGAUCCUCAUCUGGGAACCGAUCUCCUCGAAUCCUGCCGAGAGGUGAGUCGGAUCCUGAAAGAAACCGGAGCUCUACUGGUUAAAGAUCCGAGAUGCAGCGCCGAAGACAACGACCGAUUCAUCGAUAUGAUGGAGACUUAUUUCUCCAAGCCCGAUGAGUUCAAGCGGUUGCAAGAAAGACCUAAUCUCCACUAUCAGGUUGGUGUGACACCGGAAGGAGUUGAGGUUCCGAGAAGUUUGGUUGAUGAAGAGAUGCAAGAGAAAUUUGAGAAGAUGCCUAAAGAGUAUAAACCACACAUUCCUAAGGGACCUGAUCACAAGUGGAGGUACAUGUGGAGAGUUGGUUCUCGUCCAUCUAACACACGCUUUAAGGAGCUCAACUCUGAGCCUGUGAUACCAGAAGGUUUUCCAGAAUGGAAAGAAGUGAUGGACUCUUGGGGUUACAAGAUGAUCUCAGCUGUUGAGGUUGUUGCUGAAAUGGCAGCAAUUGGGUUUGGUUUGUCCAAGGAUGCGUUUACAUCACUCAUGAAGCAGGGUCCUCAUCUUCUUGCUCCAACGGGAAGUGAUCUUAGCUGCUACAACGAGGAGGGGACUAUAUUUGCAGGAUAUCAUUAUGACCUCAAUUUCCUAACUAUUCAUGGAAGAAGUAGGUUCCCUGGUCUAUAUAUUUGGUUAAGGAAUGGUGAAAAGGUUGCUGUUAAAGUUCCUGUAGGCUGCCUCUUGAUUCAAACUGGAAAGCAGAUAGAAUGGUUGACUGCUGGAGAAUGCAUUGCAGGAAUGCAUGAAGUAGUUGUCACGAGCAAGACUAAGGAUGCAAUCAAAUUAGCAAAAGAACAGAACCGAAGCCUAUGGAGAGUUUCCUCCACUUUGUUUGCCCACAUAGCCUCAGAUGCUGAGCUGAAACCUUUGGGACAUUUCGCGGAAUCAUCACUGGCAAGUAACUAUCCGGCGAUACCCGCAGGAGAGUACGUUGAACAAGAGCUCUCUGUUAUCAAUCUUAAAGGAAAGAAGUCAUCUACAUAACUUUACUGUUCUUCCACAAACCAGUUGGAUUGUCAGGUCUGAAACAUCUGCUUUUGUUGAAGCAGCUGAUCUUGAUAACUCAAAAUUGUGUCAAAUUUGGGAUUUAUAGUUGCUUAAUCUAAGCAUUUCAAAUGUUUUUAUCUAUUUGCGUUUUAGUUAUGUCAGUGAAAACCAAACACAUGAUAUCACAAUUUGUUAAACCAUGCCCCUAUCUAUAUACCAGUGUUCUAAAAUCAUCCCGCCUAGGUGGCAAAUCAAAC